AUGUCCUUCUCUUUCGGCUUUAGUGGUGAAGAUAUCGAGGAUGAUGGCGAGAUCCAAGAACAGGAUGCCCUGGCAAAAGGCAUGUCAGUACACACGGUCUCUGACGGAGAGCCGACCUCCAGCGUCCCUGUUCUUUUACCCAAGAGACACUCGCUAGAAGAACUACUAGCAUCCCUGCCGUCUCAAAUAUCAUACAACAUCCUCAGUGUCCCUCCACAGAGCAGCUCUCGGAAGGAAUCCUCCUUUGACUCUUCCAAGGGCGGCAUCUCGACAGACAACACCGCCAUCAAAAUCUACCGCCGCUCUCUCUUCGACAUGCGAGCCCAACUCAUGGCCGAAGCGAACCCGUCUGCCUCUGAAUCAGAUUCUGCGGACACCCUUCUGGCGGGCCUUGAAAACGGGGACCUCUCCUCCGGGAUCUACGAGGGCGGCUUCAAGACCUGGGAAUGCGCCCUUGACCUCGCUUCUCUACUCAUCAGUCCCUUCAGCCGACUCCCCAUCGACCAGCACGGCAAGCAGGACUGGGAGAUCAUCGAACUCGGUGCCGGAAGUGCCAUUCCCAGCUUGACCAUCCUGGGAGAGUUUCUCCGUAGAAGACAGACGAGUGGCGACUCCCCAAACCACGGACACCUGAAACUCACGUUAUGCGAUUACAACGUAGACGUCCUCCGGCUGGCCACAGCACCGAACGUGCUCCUCAACUACCUGUUUGCCCUGGGAAAUGCUUCUCUGGCGUGGUCGUCGACGUCGUCGACAUCAUCAUUAUCGUUAUCCCAUCAAGCAAACGAAGACGAGGGGGACGUCGACCUCGAAGGACUAGGAGGCGACGCCCUCGUCCGUGGGACCGUCAAGGAUCUCCUCGCCCACAAGGUCUCGGUAGAUUUCAUUUCUGGGGGAUGGGGCUCCGAGUUCGUCGACCUCAUCAACUCACAUUCACAUUCGUCGUCCGCGACAUCAUCAUCACCACCACCCACCAGACCUGCUCACCUCCUCAUCUUGGCCUCCGAAACCAUAUACUCUCCUGCCUCGAUCAAGACGUUCUCCCAGACACUCAUCAGCCUGCUUCGAACUCACCAACAACGAAAUGGCCCGAAGAGUCCCGAGACUGGCACCGCGAAGGCAUGGCUCGCCGCGAAGCAAGUCUACUUCGGCGUCGGAGGCGGCGUUGACGAGUUCGCGCGCGAGGUGGAGCAUCUGGGCGGAAGAAGUCAAGUCAUCUUCGAGAGAAAGGAUACUGGUAUAGGACGGGUCGUGUUGGAAGUUACAGUGGAGGUAUAA